AUGAUCGAGCAGAAACUUGAUCGUCAGACCUUUGAGAUAGAUCACAAGAUAGACAAAUUGAAGCGAGAAUUGGAGCAAUCCAAAAAAAUGGCUAUGCCGUUAGAUCACGCAUCCGGAAGAACUUUGAAGGUACCAGCAUUUGACGGAGAGAUGUCCUGGAACGUUUAUAAAAUCCAGUUCGAAGUAGCGGCAACUAGUAACUGUUGGAACGGAAAAGAACGAGCAACAGCACUGAUACUGGCCCUGCGAGGUUCAGCAGCAGAGGUUCUUCAGACGAUUCCGGCGGAGAACCACUUCAACUAUGAAUUUCUGGUUAGCGCGUUGGAUUUACGUUAUGGUGAAGAACACAUGAGACAGAUUUAUCGGUCUCAGCUUAGAAACAGAACGCAACGAUCUGGUGAAUCCAUUCAGCAGCUGGCACAAGAUAUCGAACGGUUGACAUUGCUGUCGUAUCCGACAUCAGACCCCGAGCAUAGAGACGAAACUGCCCUGGAUACGAUGCCGUUGCGCACAGUCUCACUUUUGAAUCGGCAAAGCAAGCAUCAAAAAGUAACGUACGUCUACGCCAAGUACAUGAAGAAUGCUCUUGCCAGAAGGCUAUAUCGAAAUCGAAACGACCGAUGGCUGAACGGAAAAGUUGAUCAACGAGAAUGUGUAAUUACAGUCGACACCGGAGCAACAAAAUCGAUUUUAAGAUCUGAUUUGAAUAUGCUAGAAUCGGACCAUCUAGAAGAAUCUAGAAACGACGCUUGCGAAGUAUAUAAGCGCACGUCCCAAGAAGAUUAG